CGCUUUAGAAAAAUUAAGUAGAAGAAGAUGGUGACGGGCAGAGUUCUGGUUACAGGGUUUUAUCGGUGUGUAUGAAGGAAUGAUAAGCUCCGCAGGGAUGCACAUUAUUACACGUCCGAUCAGACAAAUAAUAAAGUAAGGCGUAUCAGUGUACGGAGUUGCAAACUCACUUGAGAGGCUAAAGAAAACUUGGGAUCGUUGGUCUUUGAGAACAUGGAUCAAGGCCUUCAGUUGAACUCUGGUGCUAACGAUACCGAAACACACCAGGUGCAGAGAGUGGUAGUAAAAGAAGAAGACAUUAAGGAGGAGGAACAUGAGCAUAUGAUUGCAUAUCAAGAUGAUGACGAAAUGCCUUUUACAGAGCAUGACUGUAAAACUGAAGCAGACGGCGCUGAAACAGACGUCACAGAGUCCAGCGUUACUUACGAUGAUGAAACACCACAACAGACAGCGGAGAUUGAAGUGAAGAUUGAAGAAGAUGAUGAACAAGAGCUCGGUGAUCUGCUGGCAAGUGUAUCAGAAGGCCAAAACAGAAUGCAACAGAGGAUCCACGGACAGAAUGAUGAUGAACUCAACCUGCGACUCAGAGGAAGGCUGCACCACUGCGCUGUCUGCAGGAAGAGCUUCAAGGCCCUUACUGAACUCAAGUCACACAUGCUAACACACUCUGCUAGGGUGAAUGAACAGCAGAACACUGGUGGCAAAAACACUCAUAUCUGUAGUCACUGUGGGAGAACAUUUGGAAGGUAUACACAACUGAAACGUCACAUUCGGACACAUACUGGAGAGAAGCCCCAUAAAUGUGUCCAGUGUGGAAGAGCUUUUUCACAGACUGCCGCUCUUAACAGCCAUAUGCUAACACACACCGGAGAGAAGCCCCAUAGAUGUGUCCACUGUGACAAAUCAUUUACCAGAUCCACACAUCUUAAAAACCACAUGCGUACACACACUGGAGAAAAGCCUCAUAACUGCGCCCAGUGUGGGAAAUCUUUUUCAGAUAUUUCACGUCUUCAAACCCACAUGCUUACUCACGCCGAAAAGGAGCAUCACCAAUGUGACGAGUGGAGGAGCUUUUUUACAAACUUCUACUCUUAAAACCCACUCACUAAUUCACACCAGAGAGAGAGAGAGAGAAAGAGCUUUUUUACAAAUUUCUACUCUUAAAACGCACUUGCUAAUUAGAGAGAGAGAAUGCUGCCAAUAUCUUUACGUGUUUCUCCACAGGGAAUACAUUUUGCAACAUCCAACUUAAAACCACAUGCGCAUUGCGCACACAUGGAUAAAGGCCUCAUAAAUGCGUCCAGUAAAAUCUUCCAAACCACAUGCUGUGACGUACAUGUCUAUGGAGGAUUCUUGGAGUGCUGUAUCUCUUCAUUAGAAAGGAUCUUGUUGUAGGACACAGAUCUGUGUAAAGAGUAUAUGAAGAGUUUGGUUCCAAAACGCUAUCUCUCAAUUUUUAAAAACAUCAGUAAUCGUAUUCAAUAAAUCAAUUAUUUGAUUGUGUAUUUCAGCCAAUAUCAAUAAAAUUGCAGUUGUGCUGUUUUGACUGAG